ACUUCCUCCCUCUGUAGAACAGAACAAUACCAGAAAGUUCUAUCUCAACGGACGUAGCUUUUUCAUUUUUCUUUUUUCCUUCUCUUCUCCGCUUAAAGUGAGCCGAUUCAUUAACCUGCACUAUGAGCUUACUUGACAAGCUCUGGGAUGAUACCGUUGCCGGUCCCCGGCCAGAUAAUGGCCUCGGGAAACUCCGGAAGUAUUCUACGUUUAGUCCACGUUCAAAUUCCGGCAAGGAAACAGAAGUUUCGACACCGAGAUCCUUCACUGAGGAAGCAACUGAAGAUGCGGUGAAGGUGACGAGAAGUAUCAUGAUAGUAAAGCCUUCCGGGAGUCAGAAUAGAGAUUCACCUCCCGUUUCUCCGGCCGGUACUACUCCGGUAUCUCCUUUUGCCGGUUCCGCUGGAAAAGAAGCAUUUCGGUUCCGCCGACGAUCAGCGUCAUUUGCAUACGAGAAUGCCAGUGGGGUUGGACCCAGAAGCCCUCGUCCUCCUUACGACCUGUGAUAUAUAGUCGGGUUUUCUUUGUUUUUUUUUUUACCCCUCUUGAGGCGUCUGAAUGUAGUAGCUAGUCGACAUCCUCGACGUGUUCCUGGUUGAGAAUGUUGUUUUGUGUGGACUUGUGGAAGGUGCUGUUUUGUGUGCUUAUAAUUUUGUAAAUAGUGUUAGUGGUUUUUGUUCUAGCGGAUGAUUCGACGAAGGUUUAGCUUAAGAUGUAAGCGUCAAAGUUCGUCAUGUAUUCUGCUUUGUAUUACGAGUUUUCCCUUAAUGUUAUUUUGGUUUCCUUA